AUGGUUUACACGCCGCCGAACUCAGAUGAGCGCGAUGCAGAGGUUAAUCUCCGCCUUGCCGAGAAGGACCCUGAAUCCCCGACCAUGGAGAAGUACGACCCUGAUUUGAGCAAGUCCGAGGAGCCAACCGAGACGCCAGCAAGUCGCAAUGUGCGCUUUUUGAUAUGGACGAUUUUAAAUGUCACCUCUACCGUCGGCAUUGUAUUCACAAACAAAUCGAUCAUGUCCGAUCCCUCCUUCAAAAACCGCCAAGUCUCGCUCGCUUGCUACCACUUUUUCAUAACCGGUGCUGCGCUUUGGAUUGCUUCGACUCGGUUCUUCGGCGUCUUUGUCGCGAAACAGGUCGGCCUUACGCAAAUGACCCCAAUUGCCGCCGCUAUGGCCAUCCAAGUUGUUCUUCAGAACCUAUCACUCGCAAAUUCCUCCGUCAUGUUCCACCAGCUUGCGCGCCUUCUUUUGACACCCGCUGUCGCGCUGUUGAACUACAUCCUCUUCCGAAUCAAGACUCCCCGCGCCGCGCUCAUGCCAUUGGUCUUGUUGUGCUCUGGGGUCGGAGUCGUCACAUACUACGAUUCGCUUCCGUCGGCGGAUAAUGGGAGCACUACCUCAACCCAGGGCGUGAUUUUCGCGCUGACCGCAGUCUGUGCCAGCUCGAUUUACACCGUCUGGAUUGGGCAAUACCAUAAACGGUUCGAAUUGAGCAGCAUGCAGCUGCUUCUGAACCAAGCACCUAUUAGUGCAUUCUUGCUCCUGUGCGCUAUACCAUGGACGGAGACGACUCCUGCCGUGUCGGCUGUGCCGACGUCUAUGUGGAGUAUGGUUUUACUGAGCGGGCUUCUCGCGUGCAUGGUGAACCUCUCCCAGUUCUAUAUUGUUGACGCUGCGGGCGCAGUCAGUGGCGCGGUCAUUGGGCAGCUCAAAACCUGCAUCAUUGUAGGGCUGGGCUGGGCGUGGAACAACCAUGCUGUCCCGCGCCAGAGCGUCAUGGGGAUUUUCAUCGCGUUGACCGGGAUGAGCAUAUGA